GCAGUUUUAUUUCGCACUUCGUAAGAAUCGGUUCGAUUUGUUGGCGAGUCGUUAUGUUGUCCAUUAUUGGGUUGUUCUUGGCCUUUGUUCAUGCCGCCUUUUUUGGGGUUUACUUCUACCUGACCUGGUACCAUAAAUACUGGCAGAAGCGUGGAGUAACCACCGCCGAACCGCUGACCAUUUUCGGAACCUACCCAGGAAUUUUGGCUAGGGGCAGCAGUCUCGUACUCGAUGUUCAGGAUGUAUACAAUAAAUAUAAGGAUAAGCACAGAGCGGUGGGCACUUUCAUAACCCGACAGCCGCAACUUCUUAUAUUGGAUCCCGCGUUGGCCCACGAAAUUCUGGUGGAUAAGUUCAGCUAUUUUCGGGAUACGAUAACCAGCAGUUUCGUGGGCCACAACUCGGAUGAGAAGUACACAAAGAGGUCACCGUUUUUCAGUGCUGGCGAGGAUUGGAAACGGAGGCGAACCGAGGCUGGUGGUGGAAUCACACCCAAUCGACUAAAGCAGGCCUUCACAAUUUGGGAGCAAAGUGGCCGAAAGCUCAUCGAAUACAUUGAGAGGGCGAGGCGGGAAAAGGGCGAUGUUAUUGAGACAAGAGAUCUUGCCUAUCGCUUUACCGCUGAUACUAUGGCUGACUUUAUUUGGGGCAUUGAUAACGGUUCGCUGGGCGGCAAAGUCGGAGUGGUCGGUGAAUUCCAGAAGACCUCCUCGGAUUGGACUGUGUAUGCCUUCAGCUCGAUGAUGCGUUUCAACAAGAGCCUGGUGGCCCCUUUCGUGAGGAGACUUUUUCAGAUGCGCUUCUUCACCAAAGCGUCGGAGGCGUUUUUCCUGCGAUUGACCCAGGAUGCAAUAAAACUCCGGCAAGGUGGAAUUGGAGAGGGUCGCACGGACUACCUGUCCCAUUUGAUCCAGUUGCAACAAAAGGGAAACUCGAUCCACGACUCUGUGGGUCACGCGCUCACCGUUCACUUGGAUGGAUACGAAACCUCCGGAGCAGUUCUCUAUCAUAUGCUCUACUCGUUGAGCGAGCACCGCGAAGAGCAGGAAAAGUUGCGAUCGGAGAUACUAGAUGCCUUGGCCUCCAAUGAAAAUAUCAGCUACGAUCAGCUGAAUGCCCUACCCUUUUUGGAUCAGUGCUUAAAUGAAUCUCUGCGACUCACCACUCCCAUUGGGUUCUCUAUGCGGAUCUGCACCAAGCACGUUCAGAUCGAUUUGGGCAAUGAGAAGACCCUGGACUUGGAACCAGGAAUCACCGUGAUGGUCCCCGCCUUUCAGUACCACCACGAUGACGCCUUCUAUCCGGAGGCCAGUGAAUUCAAGCCAGAUCGCUUUGAGAAUGGAGCAGCAAGUGUUUUCAACAAACGCGGAUGCUUCCUGCCCUUCGGCGACGGACCUCGAAUUUGUCUAGGUAUGCGAGUGGGUCAACUGAGUGUCAAGACAGCCAUCUUGCACAUCCUUUCAAAUUAUUCGGUGGAGCAGACGAAGAAGGUGCCUUUGGGCGCGGACACCGGCUUGGGAAUAUUCCUCAAUGGCGAUGUCGAACUGAAAUAUACAAAAUUGCGAAAAUAA